AUGAUUCACUCAAUGAUUGUAUCACUCCCCGUUCCGUCACCACCACAGCCCACUGACAACACAGACAUCCCUUAUGCCAUUGCGGCCCUUGUCGUCGUCGCCCUUGUUUAUCCCCUCGUGGUGUUCUUUGUCGACCGCCAUGGCCUCCGCAAGUACCCCGCCCCCAGCAUCGCCGCCUACACACCGUUGUGGCAAAUGUACCACAACUACGUCGGCCGCAAGUACCUGGCCGUCGACCGCGCGCACCGGCAGCUGGGCCCGGUGGUGCGCCUCGGCCCCACGCACCUUUCGUUUUCGAGCCCGCGCGCGUAUCGCGCCAUUUACGGGCACGGCACGUCCAUUGUCAAAGACGCGUUCUACGACAACCAGGCCGCCGGCAACCCCAACAUGGCGGACGUGACGGACCGCGCGGUGCACCGGGGCAAGCGCAAGAACCUGUCGUUUGUCUUUGCGGCGAAGCAGAUUGUGGCCAUGGAGCCGCGGGUGGCGGCGACGGUGGCCAAGCUGGUGGCGGCGCUCCGCAUCAAGGCGGCGGGGGGGCAGGUGUCGCCCAGGGACCGGUUUGCGGUCGGCGCCGACGGCGUGUUUGACGUGCGGCCGUGGCUCAACAUGUUUGCGUACGACGCCAUCACCAGCGUCGUCUGGUCGCAGACCUACGGCUUCCUCGACCGCGGCGACGACGACUGCAGCGCGCAGGACGCCGACGGCACCGUGCACACGGUGCAGGCCAUGCACACGUUCCACACGGGCGCCGCCUGGAGCGUGUGCCUGGGCCACCUGGCCCCCCGCUGGUACGCGCUGGUCAAGGGCGUGCUUCUGUCGUGGACGGCCGGCCGCCGGUGCGGCGACGACUUUUCCGGCAUGGCGCGCCACCUGGCCGUCCAGCGGCUGGCGCGCACAGCCGAUGCGUCGGAAGCGGCGGACCUCUUCGCGCACCUGCCGGUCACGGCCACCGCGGCGCGGCCCGCGCCGAUGCCCCUCGACGAGAUUGUCGCCGAGAGCACAGUCAUGCUGAACGCGGGCAACGACACCACGCAGUCGGCGCUGACCAACACCGUCUACUGCCUGGCGCGCCAUCGCGACAAGCAGGCGACGCUGCGCGCCGCCCUCCGCGCGGCGCACACCACCGGCGGCGGCGUGGUGGUCGACUACGCGACACUGCAGCGCGUGCCCUACCUGCGCGCCGUCCUCGACGAGGCGCUCCGCCUGCACCCGCCGCUGGGGACGGGUGCGCCGCGCCGGACGACGGCGCCCACGACCAUUGACGGCACCAUCGACGGCCAGCCCGUCCCCGCCGGCGUCACCGUGUCCGCGCAGACGUGGAGCCUGCACCGCAACGCGGCCCUCUUCCGCGACGCCACGGCGUUUUGUCCCGAGCGGUGGCUGCCGGGCCACCCAGAGUACAGCGACCAGGAGCGCCAGCACCUCCAGGACUACGUGGCGCCCUUCAGCAUGGGCCCGCGCGCCUGCAUCGGGCGCAACCUGGCCUACAUGGAGCUCAGCCUCUGCGUGGCCGCCCUGGUGCUCGCCUUUGACUGGCGGCUGCCGGACCCGGACUACGUCCUGCGCCACCACGAGCGGUUCAACUGCAACCCCGUCGAGCUGCCCGUCAAGGUGACGCCGCUGGAGGGUGUGUAG